GGCAUCAGUGCGGGUGAGUUUGCCUUGCCUUCCCUCUGUUGACAUGUGCUUCUUCUCACUCACCACUUCUUUCCUCUCCGCAGGCGGACAGUACGCCUUCCAACUACUGCUUCGCACCUCACCUGCACAGCACCCGGCCGCCUUUCUGAACAUCUACGGCGCCGUAUCCGUCGAUGUCCCACGUUACAGGCAGCCGAUUCCAGCUUCGGCCCUGCCUCAUCCCCUGCUCGAUCUGCCCGGGCUGGGCUUCCCGCCUCUGAAUGGGAUAGUGAGGGGAUUAUUCGUUGCUCCCGAGGCAGUGACGGAGGAGGGAAGCGUGGCUGCCUGGCCUCUUCCCUUUGAGCUCAAGCUCAAUACCAAUCUCGCACAGCCUACAGGCUCGAUCCUUUCGUUCAUCGACGAGCAUCUGACCAAGGGUCUCCUUCACCCAGACGAGUGUGACGACGAGUGGCUCAAUCAGCACUGGAUCAAGCGCAAUGGUCUCUCCACCUCGCUCUACGAAGCGCUGCAAGCCGGCCGUCGUAUGGGACCGGAGGACGUAGCUCGUGGCCUAUUGAUGUGGUGGGGCUUCCGUACGGGAACAUUCCUUCACAUGCUUCGCGACGAGGCUGGUGGGGAGGAUACGGAGGCUAUGCUGGAUAAUGUGGACAUUCUGCGCCGCCUCGAGGCAGACCACAAUGCAGCUCGUGGGGCCACGAAAGGCUUCUAUGCCUCCACGCCUCUGCCUGCCUUGCCUGCCCGCUUCCCAUCCACGUACACUGUGCACGGCACUAAUGACAACCUGCUGCCCUGCUGGGUGAGCGAGCGUUUCCAUGAGUUGAUGAAGCAGCGCGGAGAGGAUUCCACGUUGGUGCUGGUGCAGGGCGAGGAUCAUGGCUUUGAUUCUAUCAGGUGGGCGGGCGGGGAAGGUCAGGAAGAGAACAAGCUCGAGGGGUGGGUGAGGGCGAAGCUCGGCGUGGAGGGUUGAGCGCGAAGACGACUAAAACGAUUCAAUGUCACCGAUGCUACAUCUCAGAAGCCCAAUGUUAUAAAGCCUUGACUCUUGCGAGCUCGCAUCGCCGUCGCGCGUCACUUGGUGUUUGUAUGGGCUUCAGAUUGAGCUGGCAGAAGGAAGCGCGCGUGCAGAAAAGUUGGGCAGCCAAGACUUGAAAGAGGAGAAGAGAGCGUACGUGGUGCCGCUGAAGAUAUGGAAUGAAUGCGAAAGGGAAGUGGUGUCGCGUCGACCGUCCGUCGCUGUAUGGAGUAUCGAUUCCGGGUUCACCAGCUGACUAAGUGAGCUUCAAGACUGUAGAAUUCCGCUCUGAUUGUCAACGCGAUGCGCUUCUUGACUUGGCUCAG